AUGAAGAAGCGGUUCACACUCUGGAGUCGGAAGAGUGAAUCCCAAAGUCCUUCAGCUGACCUAGAACCAGCUAGUGCCACGGCCCAAUGGGGCUACCAGCUUCGAGAUAAAGAUUUAAAGAAACUUCACAGAGCAGCCUCGGUUGGGGAUUUGGAGAAGGUGAACUACUACCUCCAUUUCAAGAAACAUGAUGUGAACCUGCGGGACAGAGAGUACAGGACACCUUUGCACCUGGCUUCUGCUAAUGGAUAUUCAAAUAUUGUAUCACUCUUAAUUGAGAAACAAUGUAAAAUAAAUGUCUGGGACAGAGACAACAGAUCCCCAUUGACUAAGGCAGUACAGUGUGAAAAGGAACUUUGUGCUAUUAUUCUUUUACACCAUGGUGCUGACCCAAAUCUGGCAGAUAAAGAUGGCAAUACUGCUCUUCAUUAUGCUGUCUGCGGUCACAAUAUGUCACUAGUCAAAAACUUGCUUGAACACAAAGCUGAUCUUGAAGUUCACAAUAAGGAUGGGUAUACUCCACUUUUACUUGCCAUUACUAAAAAUAAUGCAGAAAUGGUAGAAUUUCUUCUGAAGAGAGGGGCAGAUGUGAAUGCUUCAGAUAAGAAUCAAAGAACAGCGCUUAUGAUUGCUAUCAGUAAUGAACCAACAAAUAUAGUUAGUAUUCUUCUUCAACAAGAAGUGGACCUAUCUUGCCAAGACAUUAUGGAUUCACAGCUGAGGAAUAUGCUUCUUUCAAUGGUUUAA